AUGAAGUACAAACGCAUGCCAAUAGAGAUCGAAUCGCCAGAAGAGUACGGCUACGGGAACAUCAAAUUCAACCUCUCAGAAAGCUCUAUCACGGAUCGCACCUUGAAGUCUCUCGGCCUGGAAAUACCGGAUCUUACGCUCCUAUACAAUGAGCAUCGCGGAAACGAAAGCCUGAGGAAGCUUGUAGUCCAAGACUUCCCAAAUUUGAACAGCCAGAAUGUUUUAAUCACAGCCGGAGCUGCGGGGGCGCUCUUUAUCAUUUCGACAUCACAGCUGGCGCCGACAGAUCAUCUUGUUGUCGUCCGCCCAAAUUACGCUACCAACCUCGAAACACCAGAGACAAUAGGAUGCAAAAUCACGUACGUCGAUCUCGACUUUGACAAUUCAUUCCAAAUCGAUCUCCAUGCGCUGCAGUCGGCGAUAAAGGGCAACACGAAGAUGGUAUCGAUUACUUCGCCGCACAAUCCGAGCGGAACAACCUUGUCCAAGUCUGAUCUAAACGAGAUCGUUUCCAUGACAAGGUCACGGGGUUGUCUGCUGCUAGUCGACGAGACGUAUCGGGAUAUCCACCACGGGACUCAAAUUCCUCUGGCGGCUUCGCUAGAUACUCAUGUGAUAAGCGUAUCUUCCAUGUCCAAGUCCUUUGGCAUGCCGGGACUUCGAAUCGGAUGGAUCAUUACGCAAAACAAUACCCUGCUUGAGAACUUUCUCGCCGCGAAGGAACAGACCUCAAUCAGUGGAAGCGUGAUUGACGAAUUCAUCGCAGAACAGAUCCUAUUCCGGCGUCAUGAAAUCCUGGCUUCCACUAUCGCGGAACAGAAAGAGCGCUUGCAAAUGGUCCAAGACUGGAUGCAAACGGAAGAUCUUCUUGAGUGGGUGAAGCCCAGCGGGGGAGUCGUCUGCUUUCCUCGCAUGAAGAGCGAACCACCGGGUGGGUAUGAUGCCUUCUACGAACGGCUCCUGGUGAAGCACCACACCUAUGUAGGCCGUGGCCGCUGGUUCUCGGUAUCAGAUCGAUAUUUCAGGCUUGGAUAUGGCUGGCCUUCUAAGGAGGAGCUGAAACAGGGUCUUGAAUGUAUCUCUAGGGCAUUGCGGGAAGGGUCCGGGGUUUGA